AUGAGGCGCGAUAUUCCACAGAAUUCAAAGCCAAUGCUCAAGGAUGAAACAAAGACUGCCGACGAAUCCAACUUUAAGUUCAGGUGUUGGAACUGCGACAUUACAUUGCAAUGUCUUCGGAUAACCAAAAACAACAGCAGAAGCCUGGCAAGUACCGUUCGAGACUUUGGCUCUUCAUUCCGGCCAGACCCCGACUCUUCCAGCAAUUCCCGCGCUGUGCCCAUCUACCAGACAUCAAGCUUUGUCUUCAAUAGUGCCGAACAUGGCGCCAACCUUUUCGCCCUGAAGGAGCUUGGAAACAUCUACUCGCGUAUCGGAAACCCCACCACCGACGUAUUUGAACAGCGUAUUGCCGCUCUCGAAGGCGGUGUAGGCGCCCUUGCUACUUCUUCCGGCAGUCUGCCCAAUUCGUUGUUGCUGCUACCCUCUGCGAGGCAGGCUCAAACAUUUUACCUCUACGGCGGCACCUACAACCAAUUCAAGGUUGCCUUCCCGCGCCUGGGAAUUGAUGUCAAGUUUGCCAGUGGCGACGAUGCUGCCGAAAUUGAGUCUCUUAUCGACGAUAACACUCGCGCAGUGUUUAUCGAAACAAUUGGCAAUCCCAAGUACAAUGUGCCCGAUAUUCGUGCCAUUGCCGACAUUGCUCACAAGCAUGGCGUGCCAUUGGUUGUUGACAACACUUUUGGCAUGGGCGGCUAUCUUGCUCGCCCAAUCGAGCACGGCGCUGACAUUGUCACCCAUUCGGCGACCAAGUGGAUCAACGGCCAUGGUACUACUAUUGGCGGCGUUGUUGUUGAUGCUGGCACAUUCCCCUGGAAUAAUGGCCGCUUCCCUUGCUUUACUGAGCCUUCUCCUGGAUAUCACGGUCUUAAGUUCUGGGAUACGUUUGGUCCCGAGGGUCCAUUUGGUGCCAAUCUUGCCUUCAUUUUCCGCGCCCGCGUAGAAAUCAUGCGUGACUUGGGGCCUUGCGCAACACCCUUUGCCUCCUGGCUGUUUGUACAGGGCCUAGAGACUUUGCCUCUGCGCGGCGAACGCCAUAACACAAACGCAUUGGCACUGGCCAGGUGGCUGGCACAGCACCCUGCUGUCUCGUGGGUGUCAUACCCGGGCCUCGAGGAUCACCCGUAUCAUGAGAAUGCCAAAAAGUAUCUGCACAACGGCUUUGGCGGUGUGCUAAGCUUUGGAAUUAAGGGUGGAAGCCAGGCAGGCAAUACAUUCAUUUCCUCGCUUAAGCUUACAUCGCAUCUGGCCAAUGUGGGCGAUGCCAAAACGUUGGCAAUUCAGCCUGCUGCAACCACCCAUCAGCAGCUCUCUGCCGAAGAGCAAAUUGCGUCUGGUGUUACCCCUGACCUUGUCCGCGUAUCGGUUGGUCUGGAGAAUAUCGAAGACAUCAAGGACGAUUUUGAGGCCGCUCUUUUGGAAUCCCAGAAAUAG